UAAAAGCGAGCCGGACUCUCCAGUUCCCCGGUCGCAGCGCACGACCCGAGGUACUGCGGUCCGAUCCGGUCCUGUCCGGUCCCGGCUCGUCCUACAAGUGCAGCCCCUUCUCCUCCUCCUCCUCCUCCUCCUCCUCCUCAUUCGCCUCCCUCGUAGCUUCACAUGGGAAGACUGAGACGGAGGAGCUGCGCACGGAACACCUGAGCCAUGGGGGUGUUUCACUCGGCGCCCUAUGAGCACGAAUUUCACGCGUUAGCGGAGAAGACGGGAUUUUCCCUGGAGCAGAUCAGCAUCCUCCACAAACGCUUCAUGCAGCUGAGCCACAACGAGGACUCUCUACGGAGAGAAGACUUCAAAACCAUUUCAGACCUGGCCAGCAACCCAAUACGGUUCCAAAUUAUUGAAGCCUUCUUCGACAAAAGGAAUUUCCGGCAGAAUGGUGAGGGCUCUGUUGAGGAGAUCAGCUUCGAGCAGUUCCUCACCGUCAUGUCCCACUUUCGACCUGUCCCGGUUCACACCAUGACGGAAGAGCAGCGGGAGAGUCUGCGGCGGGAGAAGCUUCGCUUUCUCUUCAACAUGCAUGACACAGAUAAUGAUGGAACAAUCACCCUGGAGGAAUACAGGCGUGUUGUGGAGGAACUCCUGUCUCGCAGCGGUGCCUUGGGAAAGGAGACCGCCAAGGGUAUUGCAGACGCCGCCAUGCUGGAAGUGGCCAGUGUCUCAGUCGGCCACAUGGAACCAGACGAGUUCUACGAAGGAAUAACUUUUGAUCAUUUUCUGAAGAUUCUGAACGGCAUCGAGAUCGAAACACGGAUGCACAUCCGCUUUCUGAACAUGGAUACUACCAACCUGUGCAAAUGAGACCUGCUCCUUCCAGCCUCUCUGGCUCACAGUAACACAACUCGCAUGACCUCUUUUUGGACAAUCUUGGCUGUUGAAGCCAGAAGAGCUGAACAUUCGCACGAAUAACAGACUUCAAUAUGCACAGAUCUGCACAGAUCUAGUUUUAGACCAAAAAUAGGUGGAAAAUGCAUAUGCAACUUCUCACAAUCUAGAUUUCAGUGAUUUUUAAAAAUCAUCAAAAAAAAAAGACUCAAUUUUAAUACGUGCAUGCAGUUUGAGCCCCAUUU